AUGGAGCAAAAUCAGAAAUUACUAAGAAAAGUUGAUACCCAAGGAGGACGAUUGGAAGCUCAAGAGAAGCAGAUACAGGAACUUAUUAGGAGGACUAAUGACUUGAAGGCAGAAGCCCUAAAAGGGCGUGAGGUGCAGGGUCUGAUACUGAGAGACGCUCGAUUGGAUCAUGAAAGGCUUAACUCGCAGGCCCAACAGAUAGGUAUGAUAGAUUGGAGGGUCCAUCACUUGGAGGAAGCUCGCUUCGCACCUGAACCCGAGCCAGCCCCAGUCCCGGCACCUCCCGAACCAGAGGCGGAAGGGUCUGAUGAAGAACCCGAAGAGGAGGAAGAAGAUCCGGAAGAGGAGGAAGAGGAGCCAGAGGAGGUCCCGGAUAAUGACGGAGACGAUGAUGAUGGUAGUGACCUCGGGGAUAGUGGCGUGGAUGACUGA